AUGUCUCUACGUUCCGCCUCUAAACUCGUAUUCCGAUGCUUCAAAUCAAUGGAAAAAGCCGGUGACUGGCUUACGGGCGCAGCGGGGCCAGUGUUCAUCUCCUUUGCAUGGGUGCUCAUGUCCGGCGGCGCAGUGGUUUUCUUUGGGACGAUAGCCCCUCGAUUACCUUUCAUCAUCCUCACUCUCCCCAUAUGUAUCCUUAUAGCUGCGAACCUGUUCGGACACUACUACCUCGCCUGCACCGUUUCCCCGGGGUAUGCAGACUCCCGCACUGCACCAGUCCCAGGCUGGGGGUGGGCACCAAAGCGCUCCAAACCUCUGAGACUGGGAAAAGGAUGGGGAAACGGAAGGCUGGGUGACCGGCUGUUGAGGUCCAGGUCUAGGGAGAGACGGUGUAAGAAAUGCGGUGGUAUGAGACCAGAGAGGGCACAUCAUUGUAGGAUUUGUAAGAAGGAUGUGCUCAAGUAUGACCAUCAUUGUCCUUUAGGGAUAAACCAAUGCGUUGGGCUGGGAAACGAGCGCCAUUUCGUCCUCUUCAUGGCAUAUUUCGUCCUCGCCUGUUUCUGUUUCUGCUCAUUAGGCUAUUCCUACGUCUGGCUCUCGCUCAAUUAUUUCGAGCUUUGGCCGUACUUCCCCGGCCGAGUCGCCUUCAUCCUUAUCUACAUCCUCGCCGGCGUCCUCAGUCUUGCAGUACUAACGAUGCUCCUCUGGCAACUGCGGCUCAUUUCGGUUGGAGAAACUACCGUCGAGAACUACGACAACGAUGCCUACAGGCGGAUGACCCGCUCUAGAGGGGAGCCGUUCGUGAAUUGUUUUGAUCUGGGGUGGAGGAGGAACUUGUGGUUGUUUUUCAACUUGGAUGAGUACCCGAUAUACGCACUGAUGCUCCCCCUACGCGUCAUGCCCUACACAGCCGGUCACACAUGGGCGAAACGACCAGGGUACGAGAGACAUGGCGGUGUGGACGAUGGUGAUGAGAUGACAGACGAAGAGGAUUAUUGA